CCAAAGUCCAACCUACAAUCAGUUUUUUAAUGCAGGCAGCGGUUAUGCCAAAGCAUCGCACUUUGACUCACCCUUCAAAACAAUCAAUCCAUUUCUUUCCCUCAACGGCAGUUCAUGACUGAGGAUUAACCCCCAAUCAAGGGAUUUCUUUGUCCCUUCCCUUCCCCCCCUUUUUUCAAUACAUAAAUUCGGUUUUCCUGUAGCCUUUAGCUUCUAUAACCCUUACUCCUUCCUGUUCAAUUUGUGUUUCAAAAUUCGACAAGCUUGAACUGCGUAUUUGGGAAGUAUGGGUUUAAUGGAUUCACAGGUUUUGGUUGCGCUUGCACUUUCCCUCCUGGGUGGUUUCAGCACCUCCAUUGGAGCACUUUUUGUUGUCCUUAGUGAGACUCCAAAUCUAAAGACUCUUGGCCUUUUACAAGGUUUUGCUGCUGGGCUGAUGUUGAGCAUAUCUUUCUUAGACUUGGCUCAUAAUGCCAUUAAUUCCAUUGGCUUCUUAAAGGGAAAUCUCUGGUUCUAUGCAGGUGUAAUUUUCUUUGCGGUGAUCGCCAAUUUCAUCCCCGAACCAAAGCUUGCACCUGUUCCACAUCAGGAGAAAAAUAAGAAAAAUGGGGAUGAACGGAACAAAGAUAUCAUGAAGAAGCAUCGACGUCAAGUCUUGUUUAGUGGAAUCAUCACUGCCGUAGGUAUAAGUUUGCACAAUUUUCCUGAGGGAAUGGCAGUGUUCCUUGGAUCAAUGAAGGGUCUUCGUGUUGGUCUGAACUUGGCACUAGCUAUUUCCUUGCACAAUAUUCCUGAGGGUGUUGCUGUUGCACUUCCUAUUUAUUUUGCCACAAAGAGCAAAUGGCAGGCGUUCAAGCUGGCUACUCUUUCUGGUUUUGCUGAACCUCUUGGUGUAAUUGUUGUAGCUUAUCUAUUUCCCAGCAGCCUGAAUCCUGAAAUACUUGAGGGCCUUCUUGCAUCAGUUGGUGGAGUGAUGGCUUUUCUUACCUUGCAUGAAAUGCUGCCUUUGGCAAUUGAGUACAGUGGACAAAAACGAGCAGUAAAGGCUGUUUUUGUUGGGAUGGCUUUCAUGUCAGCAAGCCUAUAUUUUCUUGAAUUGAGCUUGCCAUCAGAAGUGAGCUUGUAGUUAUCGCCAUCAAGGGUUUUCGUUCCCUGAAAUUGCAGUCACGCGAUUUCUCAACGUUUCAUACAUGGUGGUAACACGAUUGGUUAAUAUUUGUAACAGGAAAACAGAUAUACAUACAGACACACGACUCUUAAAUAUGGAUGUUAGUAGAAAUGUAUUCUUCAUUUAAAUUCUGAAUUCUUCAUUUAUUAUUUGGAGAAAAGUAUUAUUUCCAUUUAAA